AUGAAGGCGCCCGUGACUUCGAUUUUACCCGUUCUCGCGAGCGUUGCGAUUCUGGGUCUUAUCCCAGUCGCCCUUGCAGACGGCGAUGGUGGCCACGGCCAUGAUCAUGGGGGUGGCAUGGAGAUGACGGAAGCCGACAAACCCUUGCCCGAGGACCAAUACCCCCCCACGUACUUUGCCCACCCUGACAACAAAGCGGCCAUCUACGGGCACAUCGCCCUAAUGGUCGUGGGAUGGGUUUUCGCGUUGCCUGCUGCCGUCAUGUUGUCGCUCGCUCGUUCGCGUUACACACUCCUUGUGCAGUUCGCCUUCCUCGCCAUCAACGCGGGAGGGUUGCUGCUGGGUGUCAUCUACAACGCGAGCACACCCGAUUUGUAUCCGAACAAUGCGCACCACAAGCUCGGCUGGAUCGUGACGUCUGUGGUGGGCGCGCAGGUUGCAGUGGGUGUUUUGGCACGGGUCGCGGGGGUGUUGAAGCGGGAGAAGUUCAAAUUGGCCAGCCGGGCCGAGGAGCGCCAAGGCUUUAUCCCCGUCUCGACCGCCGCCAUGGCCGAGCACGAGUCCCGGUAUUCUCUCUCCGGGCCGUACGGCCGCUUCUCCAACGACAGCGGACAAGGCACCGAACCAAAAACCGAAUCACUCCGCAGCCAUUCGCUUUCGUCGGGUGCCGAUUCCCCACCAAGUCCCAUCCACGAUACGCAUCGGGAUUACCACCACGACGAUGACAGCGACGAGGACCUCGAGGCGCGUUUGCCCAUGUUCUCCAAGUCGACCAAGGCUCAUUCGAUCGUAGCCAAGAUCGCAGGGAAGAUUUCGGACCGGUUCUGGAAAGUCCUACUUUUUGCUUAUAACUUCGUUGACCGGACAAUUUUGAUCCUGAGCUUCAUUGCUCUGUGCACGGGUAUCAUCACCUUCGGCCGUUUCUUUGAGGGCCAUGGUAUCUUCAGCGGGUUGGCGCAUUGGAUCAAAGGAGGUGUUUUUGUCUGGCUAGGCAUCUUCACUCUCGGUCGAUGGGCAGGCAGUUUUGGUGAACUCGGAUGGGCCUGGAACAUACGCCCCAGAAAAGCGGGCCAGAAAUGGCGCCCGUCGGCCGAGUUCGUCGAGAGCGCCGUCAUCUUUUUCUACGGCUCUACCAACAUCUUCCUCGAGCACCUCGGCAACUGGGGUGGUGAGUGGAGUGCCACUGAUCUCGAGCACAUGUCCAUCACCGUCCUCUUCAUCGGUGGCGGCCUAUGCGGCAUGCUCAUCGAGUCCACCAAAAUCCGCAACCUGCUCAACUACACCGUCACCGAGGCCAUCCAGACCUCCCCCCAGCCCCCCACCACCAUCAUCAACAGCCGCCACACCUACACCAUCCCCCACGACAACGACCCAGAGCGCAACAACAACCACUACCAAGACCCAACGGAACACGCCGAGCCCGAAAGCUACGGCUUCUCCACCAACCCCUUCCCCGCGCUCGUGAUCGUGCUGCUCGGCAUCAUGAUGAGCUCGCACACGCAGGGCAGCAUGGUGUCCAGCAUGGUGCACAAGCAGUGGGGCAACCUGCUGACGGGGGCCUCGAUGGCGCGCGCGUUGACCUACGUGCUGGUGUGGCUGCGCCCGCCGCGCUCCGUGCUGCCCUCGCGCCCGCCGACCGAGCUGCUGGCGGCGUUUGGCAUGACCGCGGGGGGGGUUAUUUUUAUGGCGAGUGCUGGUGAUACCAUCGACGGCAUGAUCCACUACCAGCUGGACGCCAUGUUCAUGUACACGGUGACUAUGGGCUUGGUCGGCCUGCUUAUGGCUUGGGUAAUCGUCAUGAUUGCGCUCAAGGGUUGGGCUGCGAGGCGCGAAGCUGGGCGAGCUUAA